AUGGAACCAAUCAUUAAAAAAGUAUUAAAAGUAUAUGAUAAGGAUGGAUUGUAUAAAUCCAUGGCAGUUGAAUCACGUACACCUGCCGGAGAGGUAUGUGAGAAACUUGGUAAAAAGUAUUUCAUGAAGGAAGGUGAUAUGGAACAAUUUGGUUUAUUCUUUUUUGAAGGUGGAGUAAAACAAUCAUUAAAAAUGACAGAUUUCCCAUUUGAUUAUAUAAUUAAAAAUGAAAAGAAGGAUUACAAGUUUUAUUUCCUAAAUUCAAAGGGUGAAUUUAUGAGUUUCCAAGACAAGAUGGCAAGUCAAUUGACAAGUGCUGCAACUGGUGGACGUGCUGGAACUGGUGCUCCUGCACGUGAACCACCUCAACCAGGAAAACAAUCAACAUCUGCUCCAGUUAGAGAACCACCCCAACCAAAUAUCAAUACCAUCAAACCAACCAAGGGAAUGAGUGGAUUUCUACUAAGAAAAAAGGCAAACAAGUUUGACAAGGUAUGGGCCAUCUCCAAAGACAAAUAUAUUAGUUUCUAUCACAACGAACAAGAGGAUACACCCAUCAUAGAGUUGUCGUUGGAGAAUGCAGUCAUUGAACUAAAGGUUAGCCAAUUGGGUUCGUUUAUUGUUGUGACAACGUCUAAUAGCGAGCGUCACACAUUGGCCGCUGAAAAGGAAGGUGAUUUGCAAGCAUGGGCUACUGAAUUACAAGCAACUACUGCCUACACGGCCGUUCAAACCACACGUACUGCCACUCCAGCCAUGGCAUUUGUGCCAACUAGUCGUGACCUCAAUGCAAGAAAACUCAAUGCCAAGUUGGAGUGUUCCGAGACUCAAAGCGCUGCUUAUGUGGCUUGGACCGACUACCUUGUCUCUGGUCGUGGUUUGUCGUCCAAUGGCGGUGACAUUCUCAGUGUCUACAGCGACGGUCUCGUCCUCAUCAAUCUCAUUGAAGAGUUGUUUGGUCGUACCUUGAAAUAUAGAAAAGGAAAAUCAGUCUAUGAAAUGCAAUACAAUAUCGAUGCAGUCCUCGAAGCUCUACAACAAGUUGGAGCUGAUUUUGGUAAACUACUAUCCCAAGAUAUCGUAGAAUGUAAAGUAGCAAAGAUAAUUCAUCGUGUUAUUUGGUCAAUAUUUAUUGCUUUUAUUUCAAAUGGUGAAAAAGAAUAUGUUGUAAAAGAUAAAUUAAUUGGUUGGUGUAAUGCAAGAGUUGGAGAGGUUAGUAAGGCGUUGGUGGUCGAUGGUCCGUCGGGCCUGUCGAAUCCAUUGGACGGCGACAAGGCAGCGAUCUAUCGCGGAUGUGUCUCUGCCAAACAACCGAUCCAACCAGAGAAUAUGAUGAGCGCACGUGACAAGCAACUCAAGGCUAUGCGCGAAAAGGACGAAGAGGACAAACUCAAGCGCGAGCAAAUCGAGGAAGAGGCACGCAAGAAACGCGAACUUGUCGAAAAGACACGUCGCGACGACGAAGAGAGAAAGAAGCGCGAGGAAGCAGACCGCGUGCGUGUCAUGCGUGACGCCGAGGCCCGAAAGGCCGACGACGACAAGAAACGUGCCGACGCAGAGCGCGAGCGCCAGAACCGCGUCGCUCAGGUGCAAAAGGACAAGACCAAGGCCGAAGAGGACCAACGCGAGCGACUCCGCAAGCAACGUGAACAAAAGGACCAAGAAGAGCGAGACAAGCGAGAAAAGAUCGAGCGCGAAAAGAAGGAACAAGAAGAACGCCAGGAAUUGGAGCGUCUCGAGCAAGAGGAGCGCUUAAGAGAACUGAGAGAGCGCGAGCAGAGAGAACAACAAGACGACGAUGUGCAAUGGGAGUUGGACGAGAUGCGCCGUGCUCAAGCAGAACAAGACGAAUGGGAAGAAGAAGAUGACAGACGACGUUUAUUGGAAGAAGAGGAAGAGGAAUUGGAACAACUCAGACAAGAAGAGGAACAAGAACGUCAAAGACGUGAUGCAAGAUCUCUUGGCUCAAACAACAACAAAUUAAUCAAUGAAAGAGCUUCCAUUAUGAAUAUAUUUGAUAAAUUGGAUGAAGAAUUAUCAAAUCCAAUGUCAUCUUUAUCAUUUAAACCAAAUGAAAAUCAAAAUCAAAAGGAUAAAUCAGAUGAAUCGGAUGAAAAUGAAUCAUCAGAUGAAUCAGAGAAAAAACAACAAGAAUUGGAAUAUGUAGAUGAUGAAAAAUAUGAACAACAAGAUGAUGAAAUGGAUGGAGCUAAUAUAUCAAGAGAAAAUGAAAAAGAAACCAAAUCAUCGACCAAAUCAACAUCCAAUUUGAAAGAAUUGAGUGAAUUAAUGCCUUCACCUCCAGGUUCACCUCGUAGUCAAAAUAAUAAUAAUAAUAAUAAUAAUAAUAAUUUACAACAAUCACAACAACAAUCAGAACAAACACCUCAACCAGAAGAAAAUCGUGGCAAGGUGGUAGUUAGAAUUUGUCUUGAAGGAUUUGGAGAUGUAUUAUUCUGUUCAUUUGCUAUUGGAUAUGAUACUCUUUGUGGAAAGGUUAGACAGAUGGUAGUUAAAAAGAUGAAGGUGACAGGUGAAGAAGAAGCAGAAUACUCGCUACAUAUUGUCAGAGACGGUUUGGAACGUGUCCUCGAUGAUGAUGAAAUUCUUCUUGAAGCAGAAGAUAAAAUCGAUAGAUUCGUCUUUAAAAAGAAUGAUCUAUUUGAUAGAAGAUCAAUGAUUUCUUCACAUAGAGGUUAA